AUGGCCAGUCUGGAAGUGCCUAGUUAUCCGCCACCGCCGCCUCCGACGAGGCCUGUGCGACCUAAGAUCACGCUGCAGAUACCUGAUUCGACACUUCAAAUGACUCCGAGGGGACCGACCACAGGAACGUCUAUUUAUUGGGGUCCUUCUAGAUACCAUGGGAAGGCGCCUGGCACGCCGGCCUCUCACAUAUCGGAUCCCCAUGGGAAUCCUUACUUCAACCCGUUCCUGCACAUGUAUCACAAUAAAGCUUCUGAGUUUAUGUUCAAACAGUUUGAAGGCUUUAAAGACUUUACUAUUAAUACGACAAAGCAUGGUUUAAGUGCGGGUGAAAAGUCAGCGUUUUGGUUCUAUAACAAACUAAAGUUACUGUCACGGCGGUGGUUUACUCACCUGUUCUUGAGUUUGUGUUUGAUGUUGUACAGUUUUAUUGGUGCUGGUGUAUUUAUGGCUAUCGAAGGUCCAAACGAGGCUAAAUAUGACCAGACAUUAACAGAAGUAAGAAGAGACCUCGCAAAUAAGAUUCGAGAUAUUGUUCAGAGUCAAAACCUUCCUCUUAACAGCAACGUGGAUCUCUUCCCGUACUUAGAAGACUAUUUGGCUGAGUACGAGAGCAACUAUACGGAGUGCAUGAAACACGUCAAUGACAAUAACACCACUAAAACCACGUGGACCUUCUGGAAUGCCAUGUUUUAUUCUGGCACGAUUUAUACCACUAUAGGUAAGAUUAAGUUUUAG